ACAUAUUGGAAAAGGGGAACUACAUCCGGCAUGUGCAACCCUAACCCUUGAACGAGCCUUGGGGAAGAGAGUGGAAAAUGCUUGAUAGGAAGUAAAAGACACUGAACUGUGAGAGAUUUGAUGAUGAUUCUCGAGCAAAAUUAGCAAAGAGCCUUUAAGGAGCUGUAUUGUCAACUGCAAUGCCGUGACUACCGCCGCCAAGCCGUCUCGGAAAGAGCCAGAUGUGACGCCACUUGAAGCGCUCUCUUUCUCUCUCAAGGCUCAAAGUUUGACCCCACUCAGUCGGUCACUUACUCACUCACUCACAUCCCCAACCGCUCAUCUCAGCCCGAUAAUCUCACAACUGUCAUCCAAUCUUUUGCUUUCACGAUGCCGAAACCACACGUCAACUACCACCUUUACUUGGUAACUGACUCCACACCCGCCGUGCUCAAGGACCCAUCCCGGUUUUUUGAUGUCGUUGAGCAAGCCCUCCGUGGAGGGGUGAGCCUCGUUCAGCUUCGCGAAAAGACGGCCGACACGGGCGAGUUGGUGUCUAUAGCGAAGAGGCUGCAUGAGUUGACCAAGAAGUAUAAUGUGCCUCUUUUGAUCAAUGAUAGGGUGGAUGUCGCGCUGGCGGUGGGGUGUGAGGGUGUGCAUAUCGGGCAGGAUGAUAUGGAUUUGGAGACGGCCAGGAAAUUACUCGGUGACGACAAGAUCAUCGGAGUAACCGUCAGCAAUGUGGAAGAGGCCCUCAUCGCCUGCAAAAACGGAGCCGACUACUUGGGUAUUGGCACCGUAUACGCCACUCCGACGAAAACAAAUACCAAGGCCAUCAUCGGUGCCGCCGGAGUUCGUGAGAUCCUCGCCGCCAUGGAGACGGCCGGCUACUACGACAAGGUCAGAACCGUCUGUAUCGGCGGUCUCAACAAGUACAACAUCGCACGUAUUAUGUACCAGAGCCGGCAUGUUGAUGGCAAGCAAGGGUGGCUCACCUUGAAUGGUGUGGCUGUUGUCAGCGCCGUCAUGUCUGCCGAUGACCCUGAGGAGGCAAGCAAAGAGCUUCUGACGCUGGUCAAAUCAUCCGACAAGUUCAGGGGCAGCAGUCUGAUGGGGGCUAGAGCGAGUAAGGGGGUGUUGGAGGUGGCGGGGGAUAUCAUCAAGAAGGUGCAUGAGGCCAAGCCAUUGACGCACAAUAUGACGAAUUUGGUGGUACAAAACUUUGCUGCAAAUGUCGCUCUGGCAGUCGGUGGCUCACCCAUCAUGGCUAAUUACGGCGAGGAGGCUGCCGAUUUGUCCAAGUUGGGAGGUUCGCUGGUGGUCAACAUGGGCACCGUCACCCCCGAGGGGCUGCUGAACUAUUACAAGGCGCUCCAGGCUUACAAUGUGGCCGUUCAGCCGGUUGUUUUUGAUCCUGUUGGUGCAGGGGCAACUUCAGUUAGGAGGGAGGCCGUCAGAUCCAUCCUCGCCAACGGCUACCUCGACGUCAUCAAGGGCAACGAAGGCGAGAUCAAGACGGUCUGGGGCGCGGUGGACGGCGAGCAACAAAAAGGCGUCGACAGCGUCGACAGUCUCACACCCGAAAACAAACUCGACCUUGUUGUGAAGUUGGCCAGGAGGGAACAGAGCGUGGUAGUGAUGACUGGAAAGACGGACUACGUCAGUGAUGGAUAUUCGGUUGUUACUGUCGCCAAUGGACACGAAUAUCUGGGUCUUGUCACGGGAACGGGGUGCACACUUGGGACGGCGAUCUCAGUGGCCUUGGCUGUGCACCAUAAAGAGGACAAGCUAUGGGCUGUGGUCACGGCGAUGCUGCAUUUCGAGAUUGCGGCCGAGAUUGCCGCUGAGAGGGAGGACGUCAAGGGGCCUGGGACCUUCAUCUCGGCCUUCCUGGACGAAUUGUACAAUAUCCGGACUGCCACUGUGAGUGGGGACAUGAAGUGGUUGGAGAGGGCCAAGGUGACGGUUACGGACCUUUAA